GGAAGAGCCCGCUGCAGGAGCGCGCGGCGCUGGCAGGGGAGCCGCGGACUUCCCAGGGAUCCGGCGCAAGCGGAGGCGGCCGCGCCGGCUGGCCUGCCCUGGAGCGGAGGCCUCGGCGGACAGCUUGGUUCAAUUUCUAUGGCCACCCAGCCUGCAGAUGCAAGAGUUCAAUCAUAUUCAAAAUAGUUAUCAUUGGAAAUUCAUUCCUCAGUAGUUCGGUGAACAGCAGGUCAUCUUCUGGAAAGCACGAUGAGUGUCAAAGCCUUCAAGCUUGUCCCUGCGGUUGAGUGGGAGAUGCUGAUGGGUGACAGACCUCGAAUCAAUAUUGAAUGUGUUGAGUGCUGUGGAAGGAACCUCUACAUUGGAACCAAUGAGGGUUCUAUCUGCCACUUUAUCUUGGAAGAGAAGAAUUCACCUUCUGAAAAAACACCUUUUUCUAUUUCCAAGCAGUUGCACAAGUACCUCAGUGUCCGGAAGGCUGUGGGAGAGUUGAAAGCAGCUUCUGCACUUAAUAGACUUCUGGUGCUCUGUGACAAUACCAUCACUUUAAUGAACAUGAUCAACUUGGAACCCAUCUCCACUGGGGCUAGAAUCAAAGGAGCCCUGAUGUUCACAUUGAAUGAGAACCCUGUGAAUGGGGAUCCAUUCUGUGUGGAGGUGUGCAUUGUUUCAGUGAAACGGAGGACCAUCCAAAUAUAUUUGGUCUACGAGGACAAAGUCCAGAUUGUGAAGGAAUUUUCCACUCAAGAACAGCCUUGUGCUGUAGCUGUGGAUGGCCAUUACUUAUGCCUUGCUCUCACUAACCAAUACAUUAUACUGAACUACAAUACUGGAGCUUCCCAGGAUCUCUUUCCUUACCCUAGUGAAGAGAGGCGACCAAUUGUUAAAAGAAUAGGCAGAGAAGAGUUCCUGCUGGCUGGACCUGGGGGAUUAGGUAUGUUUGCAACUGUGGAUGGCAUUUCCCAGCGGGCUCCUGUUCGCUGGUCAGAAAAUGUGAUUGGGGCUGCCCUCUGUUUUCCGUAUGUAGUUGCACUAGAUGAUGAAUUCAUUACUGUGCACAGUAUGCUGGACCAGCAGCAGAAGCAGACCUUGCCCUUUAAGGAUGGGCAUAUCCUACAAGAUUUUGAAGGGAAAGUAAUCGUAGCUACUACCAAAGGGGUAUACAUCUUGGUGCCACUGCCUCUAGAAAGACAGAUCCAAGAUCUUCUGGGCAGCCAAAGAGUUGAAGAAGCCCUAGUGCUAGCAAAGGGAGCCAAAAGGAAUAUUCCAAAAGAGAAAUUUCAGACGAUGUACAAGCGAAUUUUGCAGCAAGCAGGGUUUAUCCAGUUCUCACAGCUCCAGUUUCUAGAAGCAAAAGAGCUCUUCAGAAACAGCCAGCUUGAUGUCCGUGAGCUGAUUUCUCUCUACCCUUUACUGUUGCCUACUUCCUCUUCGUUCAUGCGGUCGCACCCUCCCCUGCAUGAAUAUGCUGACUUAAACCAACUCACACAAGGGGACCAGGAGAAGAUGAUCAAGUGCAAGCAAUUUCUCAUGAGCUACCUGAGUGAAGUCCGAAGCACUGAUGUCGCAAAUGGCUACAAGGAGGAUAUUGAUACGGCCCUGUUGAAACUCUAUGCGGAGUCUAAUCAUGAAAGUCUUCUAGAUCUCCUGGUCUCGGAGAAUUCUUGCCUUCUUGCAGAUAGUGCCGCGUGGUUGGAGAAGCACAAAAAGUUUUUUGCACUUGGGCUACUGUAUCACUCAAAUGGUCAAGAUGCUGCAGCACUACAGUUAUGGGUACAGAUUGUUAAUGGAGACAUUCAGGACUCUACACGCGCAGAUCUUUAUGAAUAUAUUGUAGACUUUCUAACCUCCUGUUCUGACCAUGAAUUGGUAUGGAAGUAUGCAGAGUGGAUCUUAGAGCAAAAUGAGGAGGUUGGAGUUUACAUUUUCACUAAAAGGCCCUUGGAAGACCAAGAGAAAAACAGCUUUAACCCAGAUGAUGUCAUCAGAUGCCUUAAAAAAUAUCCGGGGUCACUAGUAAAAUACUUGGAAUACCUAGUUCUAGAAAAAAGAAUAAAAAAAGAAAAGUACCACACCCAUCUAGCAGUGCUUUACCUGAAUGAAGUGCUCCACCUGAAGUCACUGGGUGCUGAGAGGCAGGAGAAGCUGGCCAAAACGCAGGCAAAACUACGCAAUCUUCUGCGGAAAUCUGACCUUUAUAGAGUUCAUUUCAUUUUAGAUAAAAUUGCUGGCACAGAUCUUCAUACUGAGUGUGCAAUACUAUAUGGAAAGCUAGAAGAACAUGAAAAAGCUCUAAACGUUCUGGUCCAUGAACUGAAGGACUUCUCGGCUGCUGAGGACUACUGCCUAUGGAAUUCCGAGACCAAAGGCCUUCCCUACAGACGGAAGCUUUUUCAUAUGCUGCUCUCAGCAUACCUCAAUUCCAGCACAUCCAGCUAUGAACUGAACAUGGCUGCAGUUGACCUUCUCAACAACCAUGCAGCUGAAUUCGAUGCUGCCUGGGUUUUGCAGCUAAUUCCUGCCAGUUGGUCAGUACAGCUUGUCUCCUCGUUUCUGAUGGGUGCAAUGAGGGAAAGUCUCCAUGCUCAAAGAAUGACUGAGAUUGCACUGAGCUUAGCAAAAGCUGAGAACCUUACUUACAAGCAUGAAAAGGUAAAACUAAAAGAAAGCCCAAUCCUUCUCUCUGACAGAAAACUCUGCCAAGUAUGCCAGAAACCUUUCUGUGAACCUGCCUUUGUCCGGUAUCCCAACGACACUGUGGUCCACACGCACUGUGCUGCAAAGAGACUUGUGAAUUCCAACACAAACCACCACUUAUCCAGCUCCAGUGGGCGGACAUGAAACAAGUUGGGUCAGUGGCUGUGCUAGCGUUUGUUCCUGGGAGAAACGAAGGAGAAUCUGCUGGAAAAAGGACAAGUCAGGAAGAAGAGGCUGCCCUGGUUUAGUGGGAAGGCACUGCUCAGCGUGAAACACAGCCACUUGCCCACUGAUCUUUUCUGAAAGGUGACGUCAGAAGAAAUCACAGGGGUGAAUAUAAUGGAUGCUUCCCUCACAGGAAGGGUGAGUGGUUCAGAGUGGAAGAACUUUUUUUAAAAUUAAAAUUUGCACUGAACUUGGUUAUCAGCUGGUCUUGAAAUGAGAGGGGACAGCAUCACGUUCUGUGCUCUUGAUACGGUUAAUAUUUGAUGCACUUUUGAGCCUUUGUUCUCCUCCUUCCUCUGCCUUGUAUGUUCACCUAUUACAAACUGACUGAAGCACUGAGCUCUUGGUGGUUCCUGUUUUAGUUACAAGUGGGGCAGGACAGUGCAAAGACCACUGACUCACUAUUCCUGACCUUAGGAAUAAGUCAAAAUAUGAGUGUCUCUUGUAUGGGAAGCAUAUGACAUUUGGGACUGGGGAGGGGGGCUGGAGGAACAGGCUGUAAUAACUGUAAUGACUUAUUUAUUACCAUGCAAAUGUUCUGUAAAUACUGUUGGAUGAAAAGUUUUUUACAGCUCAGCAUUCUCCGGAACAAACAUAACUAAUCAGUAAUUCCAGGGGUAGGUGUUCUUUUUUGUUUGUUUGUUUUUAAGAGUCUACCUGUCAUUACAAAGAACGAUUGUUAAGCUUUCCUGCAGGCAAAGAAAACAGUGCCUCUCCUGCGCAGGAACGACAUGAAAACCCUUAUCCCAGGGAUAACGAAAUGGAAAAGAUAUCAAAUCGACAGGUGACUCCUGAAGGUGCUGAGUAUGCUUGGUAACAGUUAAUAAAAUACUUCAU